AUGGGGAAACAGCCAGCUGUAGUCUUUGUCGUCCGUCACGGCGCCCGUCUUGAUCAGGCGGAUAGGAAUUGGACCGCCACUGCCGAAGCCCCUUACGACCCUCCUCUGUCCUAUGGCGGCUGGAUCCAGUGCCAAACCUUGGGUUUGAGGAUCAACAGUGAACUGCAUAACCUCAACAAGCAAUCCAAACCUCAAAGUGAGGGCAAGGAAGACGGUGUGCAAGAGGCUCAGCCUCGCAAGAGACGGAAGAUUAUCAUCCACAGUUCGCCAUAUCUGCGAUGUGUCCAAUCUUCUAUUGCGAUUGCCGCGGGCAUACAACAUCCUCAGAACCACUCUCGGCCGCACAUGAAGUCGCGCCAACUCUCGUCCCGCUCUAACCUCUCGCCCAUGGACGAAGCGCUGGACACGGCUGCGGACUCGAGUGAAGUUGACCGAGCGUCUCUCGAACGCGUAACGAGCAACGACAAGGAGCACACAAACCGUCUUGGCUACAACACCUGCAAGUUGCGCAUUGAUGCAUUUCUGGGGGAAUGGCAAUCUGCCGGCUAUUUCCAAGAAGGCUCUGCUCCUCCCCCUUCCGCCGUCCUCGUCUCACAAGCGAAGAUGAGCCUACAAACCCCACAAGAAGAGAUUAAAGGCGCCGAUCUCUCAAGUUCCCUCGCCUUUAACCUGCCACCAGUCGACACGGAAGAGGCAGAAAUCGAAAUCACACCUGUACCAGUCCAUGAAAAGACCGGCUUACGGGCUAUGGCGGCCGUUGGCCAUUCUCUUCCCAAGCGUCCACGCAAUAUCUCUUUUGCGACCGAGUUAGCAAAUGGUGCGCGGAUAUUGAACAGAGCUCUUCAAGGACCUUUGGGUUAUAGCCCUCCCAUGCCAAAUUAUGCAAUUGGAUCUUCUGACAAAAUCCCCCCGGGAUUUGUGGCUCAUGCACGAGAUGCUUGUGUAGAGAUUGACCGGGACUGGGACAGCCAGAAUGAACCACUUGACUGGGGCGAUGGUGGGCCCUUCGACGAGGAUUGGGGGAAAAUGCAUCGAAGGUUUCGCAAUGGUCUGCAGAAAAUGAUUGCAUUCUACGAGAGCCAGAAUGACGCAGGUGGGAACAACCGUGACGAGCAAGAUGACGACGAAGAACUCGUGGUCAUUCUGGUUACCCAUCAGGCCGGCUGCAAUGCUCUGAUCAGGUUGCUUACAGCCGCACCGGCUUUGCGCGACGUGGGCCUUUCUUCCUUGUCUAUGGCAGUGAGAAAAGAAGCCCAGCAAGCUCCCUCGGAACCAUUGUCUCCAACACGCAGAAGAGGAUCUCUGGAUUUGACCAUAUCGGAGGACUACGACAUGAAAAUCAUAGCAUCUACUGAACACCUCCGUGCCCCGUCCAAUCCACUAGGCUUGAACUCACCUCGGCUUGGAAAGUCACCGGCAUUUGCCAGUCGUCGAGCUGUUGGAGCCGAUUCCCCCGAAGGACUCAGCCUAGGGGAGUCAGUGGCGCCGCGCGGCUCUGCAUCGCUGAUGCCUGCUAGAAGCAUAAGUCAGAGAUCCCAUGCAGCAGACACAGUGGAUGAUGAGCCUCCCACGGGACUGUGGCGGCGAGGAAGUCGAUACUCCCGCGACGAGACGACCGAGUCGUCAAGUGACGCUUUCGCAACACCAAGUUCGCUCAGCGUCGGUUGCUCAGACAGUAUACAAGAGGAGUUCACGCUCUGGAGCGGUCGUGGCAGCGGAGUGAACCUGAAGGUCAUGGGCAGUGACGAGAAAUCAGGCUCCUCCCCCCUCUUACCUGUCCGUAGCGCGAGUCAGGCGGGGCUUUGGGGCGGUGAAUCUUCAAUUAAGCGCGAGAGGAGUCCCGGGAAGAGACGGUGGACGGCCGUCGAGAGAUCCCCGUGA